AACCUCCCAUCAAACACUAGAGCAACCUCACCUCAAGUCGGAUCAGCACAAGCUCUGCGACACAUAUGCGACUUAUCUUCUGCACGCAUCCUCGACAUUCCGUAACAAUGGCGCCACGACUCUGGAGUAUUCCGGUUCUUCUCAUCUUUCUCUCCCUCGCACUCUCGUCCACCCCAGCCCUUGCAGCGCGUCGCAGGGCGGUUCCCAAGGAGACACUACUCCAGAAGGCCACCAAGGCGCGAGCGCUCGCCGACAAAGCCGCCGCCGCAGCCGCGGAGGCCGAGGCGAUCGCGGAGCAGCGCAGGAAGGACGAAGCCGCGGCGCUCGCCGACCUCAACGCCGCCAUAGCCGCCGCGGACGCCGCCGCCGCCGCACUCACCGCCGCGAAGACCGGCGUGGCGUCCGCGACCGCAGCGAAGGGAAACGCGAAGAAGACCCUUGACUCGGCGAAGAAACAGCUCGAUGGGAUGAAGAAGGCCCGCGAUUCCAAGACCAAGGACGUCGCUAAGCAGAAGGCGGCCGUGACCGCCGCGGAAGCUAAUGUCCAAGCGGCCAAGGUGAAGGCCGAUAAGGUGAACGCCGAUAAGGCGAAGCAGGAUAAGGUGGCAGCCGACGCGAAGGCAGCGGGCGAUGCGGCGGAGCAGGAGUCGAAGAAGAAGAAGGACAAGGCGUCGACCGACAAGGCGAAGAAGGCCGGCGACGCCGCGAAGAAGGCGAAGGAAGCCGCCGACGCGCUCGCGAAGGAGGCCCUCGCGGCGGAGCAGGCGCUCGCGGCGGCGGAGGACGCAGCGGAGAAGGCGCAGGACGCGGCGACCGCGGCGGAGAACGCUUCCGCGCCGUCGGACGCGGAGCUCGAGAAGGAGGACGAGGUCACUGAGGCCGCGCAAGACGCGCAAGCGGCGGAGGCGGCGGAAAAGACAGCGGUCGUCAACGUGAAGGCGGCGGAGAAAGUGCUCAAGCGCGCGCUCGUGGCGGUGAAGCAGGCGCGCGCGGCGUGGAAGAACAAGAACGCGCUGCGCCUGGCCGCGGAGAAGAAGGCAGCGCAGAAGGCGGUGAUCGCGGCCGCGUUCGACGCCAAGGCGGACGCGGCGGAGCGCGCUGCCGGCAUCUUCCCGCCUCCCUCCUUGCCCCCUUGCGAGCCCGCGCCCGCCUCUGGCCCCGCGCCCGGCUCUCACCCCGCGCCCGGUUCUCAUCCCGCGCCCGGCUCCCUCCCCGCGCCUGGAUCCCUGCCUGCGCCCGGCUCUCGCCCCGCGCCGGGCUCUCAUCCUGCGCCUGGUUCCCAGCCUGCGCCCGGGUCUCACCCGGCCCCUGGCUCGCGCCCCCCACCUUGCAAGCCUGCGCCCGGCUCCCAACCUGCCCCUGGCUCCCGCCCCGCUCCUGGUUCCCUGCCUGCUCCGGGCUCCCGCCCGGCCCCUGGCUCCCACCCUGCGCCUGGCUCCCGCCCCGCUCCUGGCUCACGCCCUGCGCCUGGAUCAACCGCCGCCCCAGCCUAAGCCCUGAUGACUACCGGGAGAUGUCAACAGAGAGGAUGUUUUCUCUUGCUUGCUAGGGAAACAAUAGCUCUAUGGUGGUAAAAAAGUAGUACAUCCGUU